UGGUCAUCUUGUUCAGCUCCAACCUCCUUCUUCACGAUUAUGUCAUCCACCUCUCCAGUGGCCUCGUCCUCCACACGGAUGAUAGCGGCCGCUGUUAAAGAGAGUUUCAGGAGACAAUAAUUGAGAGUGAGAAUGAAGUCCUUGAGUUCAUGGGGCGGGUGGAUGAAGGAGUUGAAGAGUUCUUUACUAAGAGAGUGCUUCCUACUGAAACACUGAAAAAGCAAGAUGAGGAAUCUAUCACAGUACACGAAGUGGCCCCUGCCAGCUCUGUCCCUUGUCCACCCCCGACAAAAACACUCAGGAGGAAGCUUGGUGAUUUCUUUACACUCAAAAAGAGACGCGGUCUGAAGUCAGAAACAUGCCAAGAGGGGCGUCCCAAAAAGGCCUCCAUCGCUGAUUUCAUCCGCCCGCUCAGGGAAGUCGCCAGAGCAGAGAAAGAAAAAGAUAAGGAUCGAGUAAAGGAACGUGACAGGGAAAAUGAAAAGGAGAAAGCGAAAGAGCCUCCCAGUGCUGUUACUGGAGAGUCGGCUGUUCAGGAGACACCUGUUUCUGGUGCUCCACCGCUGAGGGGUGAAGCGGUGCCUCCCCGCCGAGCUCUCAGAGAGGGGAAGUCCCAGUCUCUCAUUUUGCUGUCUGGAUCAGCCUCAGCAGGGACUACUAAUGCGAGAAACACUGCAAAGAAACAAUUCGAAGGCCAACAUAGCUUUGAACAGAAACUCCAUCUCAUGCUUCAACGUAUUGGGGUUUCCAAAGCUCAGCCAGGAGAGACGCAAAAUCAGGAGGGAGAGAUGAAAAAAGCUGAAUCUGAAGGUACUAUCAUUGACAGCAAACCUGAGCCACCACCUACUUUCACAAAACCUCGAACGAUGUCUGCGUCGUCAGAUACAAGGCAUCAAAUUCGCCCAAGUGUGUCAGCACACGAGGCAGCUGGGAAACCCGCUUUGCUUCCAAAGCCAGUUCUCAAGCCAGGUCUACCCCUGACAACAUCUGGCCGCAACACACCUGAGAACGAGCUAGCCCAAAUACAGGAAGGGGAGACAAACACGGCCACUAAACUGAGUCCAACUGCAGCUCCGUCUACCCCUGCUGCUCCUGCCCUCACUGCUACCACAACUCCUACUGCACUGACAAUCUCAAACUCAGUCCCUGACGCAACCAAUUUUACGAUUUCCCCCUCAAGUACUGUACCGCCCUCUGACACAGAUAUAUGCACCGACUCUGUUAACGCUACCGAAGCAGCUACAACACCCACAAAUGUUACAGAGCUCGACAUCAAACCCUCUGUCCUUAAAGCUAAUGCUGAUACUGCUGAACUACCCACCCUACCCAUCCUUACAAGCACCACUACACCCACAGAGCCCUCCACCACUGUCACAGCCCCUCCCACUUCCUCUGAGUCCAUCACUCCAAGCCUCUCUGUCACUUCCAACUCCACAACAAUAACUACGCCUUCCAUUACCACCUCAGAAACUGUUUCUACUCCCAACAAUGAAAGCCUGGCUUCCACCACUUCAACAAAUCUGUCAACUAAAUCGACUUUUCCAGAGCCAAAUUGUAUUCUCUCAGUUGAUGCUACUCCUGCUGCUGGUGCUGGUGAUGCAGCUAUCUCUAUCACCACCACAGCUUCUUUUCCCUCUGCCAACAUAUCAGAUAUGUCUACUACUACUACUACCAGUUCAGCUACUGAAGCUAGUGAUGAUUCCACUCCAGUCUCUUCUGCUAGCUCUGUAAGUUUAGUUUCAUCCGUCAUUAAAACAGCAUCCCCACCCCCUAACUCAACUGAUCCCAUUACACCUGACACUGCCAUUACAUCUUCCUCCUCCCUGGCCUCUUCUGCCCUUCCUCCCACCACUUCCACCUCUUCCACCACAAGCCCAAGAUCCACUGACCACAUGGACUCUAGCUCUACUUCUACCAUUACUCACCCCACCACCCAGAGCCCUGCUGACAUCUCUGCUCCCUCCACCUCCUCCAGUGAAACAAACCCUACAGACACCACUACAACCACCAGCAGUUUGAACAGAGCAGAUACCACUUCCACUCCCAGUUCAGCAGCUGCAGCUGCAAUUAGCUCUCCACUCCUGACUGACUCAGACCAACCUUACACUGACAACAUCAGCACUACUAUCUCUGACCUGCCUACUACUGAUAACUCAAGUGCUACUACUCACCAUUUGACAAGUCCAGCACCCUCUAAUGAGGGUGCAGGCCAAGAUAGUGAUUUACAGGCAUCUCCUGAGGAAAGAUCCAGCGUAGAGCCUACAGCAUCAGAUAAGGAGCGUGAGAUGGUUCAAAAGAGCGAGAAAGCUGCGAUGGAUGAGAGUAAGAAAGUUGCCAUUGGUGGGAAGGAGAGUGAGAAUGAAAAGGAUAAACCAGCUCUGGUCAACAGCGAAGUGAUAAGUAAAGAAAUGCAAGAAGAAAGUGUGAAACCUGAAGAGGAUGCAGUGAAAACAGAAGUGGAAAAGGCUGAGCCUGCAUCAGGGAGAGAUUGUGAGCUGUCUCGCGAUGAGGGGGUGAUAGACGGUCAAAAACAAGAAGAAACCAAGUCAGCGGGUGAGAAGUAAUUCAAAAUUUAAGAAAUUGCUAAACACGGGACCAACUACUGUGACAGGGGCAGGAGAGGCCACAGUAAAGGGUGAAAUGGGGGCAGAGGGGGGCAGAUGAUCCAUGGCACUUCCUACAGGGACCACCACAUUACAGCAGCACACCACAAAAGGUGGGCCACUGGACCAAAGAACUGAGUUCCCCUUGGUGUGAUGUAAUCAACAAAUCCAGCAGUGUCUUUGUCCUUUUUUAACUUAUGUUUGAAUUUCUGCAUUGCACGUAUGAUUAUGUACCAUAAGACAACUACUGUGGUAAAAUACACCAUGUUUACAAUAGAUGGAUAAGAGACAUAGUUAUGACUAUUAAAUGGAAUAUUGAAUUGA